CGAUAGACCACUCGAUAGCUUUCACUCGCACGUGUUUACAAACCUGUGUUUUCCAUUCCUGAAACGCCAUUGUGAAAUAUCUGGACUGAAGAGAUAUCCGGAGGAUUAAUGGAUCACGAAUACGCUGGCGUUAGCCCGCUGGGCGUCGGGGAGGGCAAGGGCACCGCCUCGAACGCGGUGGUCCUGUGCUGCGAGUGCGGAGUGGCCAUCCAGCCGAAUCCGGCCAACAUGUGCGUCACCUGCCUGCGCAACCAUGUCGACAUCACGGAGAAUAUCCCAAAGCAGGCGGUGCUCCACUUCUGUCGCAACUGCGAGCGCUAUCUGCAGCCGCCCAACGAAUGGGUUCAGGCCUCUUUGGAGUCCCGCGAACUUCUGGCCGUUUGCCUCAAGAAGUUGAAGGGCUUGAAGGAGGUGAAGCUUGUUGAUGCCGGCUUCAUCUGGACGGAGCAGCACUCCAAGCGCAUAAAGGUUAAGCUGACCGUGCACGGCGAGAUCACCGGAGGAACGGUGCUGCAGCAAGUCUUCGUGGUGGAGUUCACCGUCCAGAAUCAGAUGUGCAACGACUGCCAUCGCACCGAAGCCAAGGACUUCUGGCGCUGCCUGGUACAGGUCCGGCAGCGGGCGGAGAACAAGAAGACCUUCUACUACCUGGAGCAGCUGAUCCUCAAGCACAAGGCCCAUGAGAACACUUUAGGCAUAAAGCCGGAGCACGGCGGUCUGGAUUUCUUCUACGCCAGUGAUAACCAUGCCCGGCGCAUGGUGGACUUUCUGCUGACCAUGGUGCCCGGCAAGGUGACCACCUCGAAGCGUCUCAUCUCGCACGACAUCCACAGUAACAAUUACAACUACAAGUACAACUGGUCGGUGGAAAUAGCACCGGUUUCAAAAGACAGCGCCGUUUGCCUGUCCAAGAAGCUGCGCCACCAGCUGGGUAAUCUCUCGCCAUUGGUCCUGGUUAACCGAGUCUCCAGCAGCAUUCAUUUGAUUGAUCCCCUGACCGCACAGAUCGCAGAACUCACCUCGCAGGUGUACUUCAGAGCUCCAUUUGAGGCCGUCUGCAAUCCCAAGCAGCUGGUUGAGUACGUAGUCAUGGACAUUGAUGUGAUCAUGGAAAAGGAUCGCAAGACCUAUCCCGGCCAAGGGCAGGUCUCUUUUAAGCACGCCCUCUGCGACAUUUGGGUGGUGCGUGCUUCGGAACUGGGCAUUAACGAUAACCCCAUUCACACACGUUCCCACUUGGGUCACUUGCUCAAAGUGGGCGACUCUGUGAUGGGCUACAACACGGGCGAGGCCAACAUAAACGAUCAGGAGUUCGACAAACUAUCGCCGGACCUUAUUCCAGAUGUGAUCCUUGUGCGCAAACACUACGACCGCCAGACUAGGCUUAGCCAGCGUGUGUGGAAGAUCAAGCAUCUGGCGGCGGAGGCCACCGACGAGCGCAGCAAGUACGACUACCAUGAGUUCCUCGACGAUCUCGAGGAGAACGAAGAUAUCCGCGGACAGGUCAACAUCUAUCGAGACACCAACAAGACGAUACCCAUUGAGGUGCAGGCCGCUAGCGGAGAUGUACCCCAGAUCACGCUGGAAGAGAUGCUGGAGGACAUGACGCUCGAGUGUGCCGACGACGAAAUGGGCGAGGAAGAAGGUGCCGAGCCGGAGUUGUAGUUCUUGUUAUUUAUCAUAACGCUUUUUUUUACCCAUGUAUGCCCUGUACAUAUUCGCUUAAUCCACAUAAACAACUAGGAAACUUAAA